GUGCACCUCGAGGCAAGAGACUGGGAAGGACUGGGACCCGCUCUGGUCCCUACUGGUGUCACUGGUGCCCUUAGUAAGGUCACUUCUCGCGUACUGGUCCAAACUGUUUUUUACUGGUCUCACAACUGUAAUGGGAACGCUUGACUUCCGCCUCGUUACCCAAAACCCUACGCUUUAAUUUCCGCCUCGGUACCCACAACCCCCAGCGCGCACCGGAAGUGAUGCAAACGGAAGCGGAAAUGGAUCCUCCAACGGCGGAGGAGCUGCGGGAGCGGCUCCGGGAACGGCUCCAGGCUGAGCAUGUGGAGGUGCAGGACAACCCGCAGCUCUGCAGGGGCAGUUUCCGCAUUUUCGUCGUUUCCGGAAUUUUCCGCGGCCUCAAAACCCUGCAGAGGCACCGGCUCGUUAACGAGGCGCUGGGGGAGGAGCUUGAGCGGAUCCACGCCCUGGAGCAGAAGACGCUGACGCCAGAGCAGUGGGAGGAGCAGCAACGCGGCUCAUUAGCAUAAAUUUGCAUAUUCAGUUACUCCUUUCUUAGCCUCAUUUGCAUGGAUUUGCAUUCAUUAGUGGAGCUUGGCUCUGAUUGGCUGUGGCCACGUCCGCUUUAAAGCCUUAAAUGGCGGCAGAGGGUGGAGAAUCUGUGUUCCAUUUGCAUAAAUUUACAUAAUGAUUAA